CCUUCCGCGCCGACUACAGAACCCCACGCCAACCAUCACACACACCGCAGACUUUAAGGGAAUCAGCGGAAGAGAGAAAGAGGGCACAGGAUGGCCGACCUUGCAACAGAGCUGAUCCGCACCGUGUCGCGCGCCUUCUACACCACAGAGCACAUACUCAUUAUCGAUGCGCUGAUGCUACAUUCGACCCUGCAAGACUCGGACUUGGCUCACGUCCUCGGCACCCAAGUCAAGCCGCUGCGUAAGACCUGCGGAAGACUGAGGGAAGAUGGACUCAUCAGCGUGCAGUCUCGUGCCGAACGCAGGACUGAUGGCACGGGUGGCUAUUAUGGCGGCGCUCCACAGCAGGGCAAAGAGCGUUUGACCCAUCGAGACUGGUAUUAUAUCAACUACCACAGAGCCAUCGACAGCAUCAAAUUUCGCAUGUACAAGCUCAGCAAGCACAUCGAGUCACAAGGUGCAUCGACGACAGAGAAGAAGGAUUUGAAAUGUCUUACCAGGGGAUGCGGGAGAGCUUACACUGAGUUAGAGGCCAUGGACAGUCUUGACAUGGCUACGGGCGACUUUCUCUGCGCCAAGUGCGGUGCGGCGCUGGAGCCUGUGGACGAGGAGGAGCGCGCAAACGAGAACGAGAGCAUGAAACGGAUGAAUCAGCAGUUUGCGAAGCUGGUCGAGUUGAUGCAGAAGAUCGAUGCUGCUGCUGUGCCGGAGAACGACUUUGAGACGGCCUUGAGCAAGCAGAAGCCCAUCGAGAAGGCCGACUCACAUCCUGGCACGAGGACGGAGAUUGUUGACGUGCCCAAUCGCAACCUCCAGAGUACAAAGGGUCUUGAAGUCAAACCCGAGAAGAUCGCUGUCGAGCUCAAGGAUGAUGAGGACGUCAAGCGUGAAAGUGCCGCUGCCGAUGCAAGGGCACGGAAAGAAAAGGAAGCCCGACAGAACGCUUUGCCCGAGUGGAUAUCCAAGUCUACCAUCUCUGGAGAUAUCACUGCUGUCGGUGCCAAGGAAGAGCGGCAACGUCUUGAACGCGAGGCCCACACUGGUGUGCUCACACAUGAAGAGGAAGAAGAGAAGAAGGCUGUCAAGGGUGAUGAUGAUGUGAUGGCUGCUUAUUGGAAAGAGCUCGAACUCGCUCAGAAGAAGGAAGCCGAAUUACAAAAGGAAGAAGAUGAGGAGGAUGACGACGAGGAGGAUGAAUUCGAGGAUGUGGAGGGCAUCGCGGGAACUCCAAACACUGCUAAUGGUGCUGCCAACGGUCUUGCUGGAACCAGUACGAAUGGCGCUAACACCCCCGCGAAUCAAGAAAGCAGUAAUGCUACGGAUGAUGAGCGCGAAACCAAACGUGCGAAAAUGGCCCUUCCGAACGGCGACAAGACUCCUGCUCAGGAUACUCCUGCUGCUAGUGAUGCGGACGACGAUGAUGAGCUUGAAUUCGAGAAUGUAUAGGAUUCUCUUCCUACGAUCACCUGACGAAGCGCAGAGACCUGGUCGAUCACAAGAGCUCAUCGAAUAACAAGAGCUCUGCGAACGGCGACAGCGUGCCAAGGCCCAGGCCAUAUACGAAUGCGCUAGACUUGACGUAGAAUCAACCUUUAUACACACACCGACAAGCGUAUUGGGUGAAGCGGUCAUUGAUGACGAUACCCCUCCAAGAAGGGCACGAAAAUAAUAGACAUGGUCUUCGAACAUCAGCCGGGUCAGCAAGCCAUGACUAGCUCCUCGGACUGGGAAUUCGACCCAUAGCCCGUACUGCGUGGGACAGAAAUCCCCCACACCACCCAAGGAUAAGGAGCGCCCUUUUCCAUUGCCUCGUUUUGUGGCACCAUACUACGCGCUGCAAAGGCGGCGCAGGCCCCUCACGAGGAGCAGUCGGCCAGCAGCAGUACGAUGAACGUAUGAAAAUGCGCGCUACGGGGGCCGAGUUCCUGGUCGAAUUGGAUCGUCUCGAAGCAGCAGCCGCUUCGGAAAAGGCUGACUUGGAAUGUCUCCGAGCACUAGCAUACCCGUAGAUACAUGAUUUAUGAGCAUCGUCUCAC